UCUCUCCUCUCGUCUCCUCCGCAGUGCACUUGCAGCUGAGCAGCUCUCCGGACAGGACGGUCUCAUCCUCCUGCUCCUCUUCAUCUUCUUCUUCUUCUCCUCCUCCUCCUCCUCUGUGUGUUUUUGUGUGCUGCUGCUGCUGAAGGGGUGCACCGAGAGUCGCAUCUGACUCUGGUCCAGAGGUCCCGGACAGGCGCGUGAUGGUGCGGACUCAUUGAUAAAAUCCGCUGCCGCUGGAAUUAAAAUGAGCUCUCCCGCUGAGCGGCUCUCCUCCUCCACAUAGCGCUUCCUUCUCUGCACAAGAUCUGUGUUUGUGUGACUCCAGCAGGCGACGCAGGAUGACUACUACCUUACCGCUGGUGAUUUUGUGCGCUUUGGUGGCGUUAGCGGCGGCGUCUAAGACGGAGCGAGCAGUGCUACUCCCUUGUGACUCCGGUCAGUACACUACCAGUGGAGAGUGCUGCCAGGUGUGUCCACCUGGAGAGGGAGUGAUAAAGACAUGCGGCGACACGCAGACUGUCUGCGCCCAGUGUUUGGACAGUGAGACCUUCUCACAGAACUACAGUCACACAGAAGAGUGCAGUCCCUGCACCGAGUGUACCGGCUUGAUGAGAAUGGAGACGCCCUGCACCGACUCCAACGACGCCAUCUGUGUCUGCAACUACAACUUCUUCUUCAAUGCGUUAUCCGGCCAGUGCGAGCCGUGUACAGUGUGCCCGGUGGGUCAGGGUGUGUACGCGCACUGUGAACAUGAUCAUGACACGGUGUGUGAGGAAUGCGUGGAUGAUACCUACUCUGAUCGGGAGAGCUCCCUCGACCCCUGCCUGCCCUGCACCAUCUGUGAUGAGGAAACAGAGAUACAGCUGGCUGUGUGCACACCGGACAGCGACUCUGUCUGCCAUGAUCCUCUCCUCCCAACAUAUUUCACUCCCACCUCUGAUAUGGGUCCGUCUCCACCCUCCUUCACCAAUUACUUCCUCCCCGAUGGCUCCGACAGCCCGAUGCCAGGAGAGACCACCACAUCCAGCGCUGGCUCUCCACGCUUCCUCGGCCAUGGGCUCAACGAAAAUCUCAUUCCCAUCUACUGCUCCAUCCUGGCUGCCGUGGUGGUGGGCCUUGUGGCCUACAUCGUUUUUAAGAGGUGGAAUAGCUGCAAACAGAACAAGCAGGCAGCAAAUAACCGUGCGGCUACAAACAACCAGAUGGUGACGCCGGAGGGAGAGAAGCUGCACAGCGACAGCGGCAUCUCGGUGGACAGUCAGAGUCUGCAGGAGCAGCAGCAGCAGCAGCAGCAGCAGCAGCAGCAGGCCCAGGCUGAAGUCCAGGCUCAGCCCUCACACUCACGCACACAGGAACAGAUAGUGGUGAGGGUAGAUGGUGGCCCCCAGCCUGACACGCCUCCCCCUGAAGUCUGAGGAAGAAGAGAAGUCAGAGUGGAGCUGACGACAGGGAGAGGAGAGUGGGGACUUUAACCGUGGACCAAAAAGAAAGCGGGGGGAAAAGGGGGGCCACAUGGGAAUGUAAAACUGACUGAUUCAUAUCUGAAGUGGCCACAGAGCAAAGACUUGACUUAUACGGACAUGCCAGCACCUUUGGGCCACAGUCUUACUCUUCAUCCCUGCAUAUAGAGUCCAACUCUAUUAAUCAGUGUGCCUGGACCUCUAUGGCAAUAUCAACCACCCUCUGUACCAAUGCCACUGCAGAUACAUAAUCAUUGUAUAUGCCAGUGCAUCUCGUAAUAACUGACUAUUCCAGUAUCUAAUAUUGACAUAAUUAACACUAACUGCCAACAUAGUCUCCUCAGCCCGUUAUUAAGCUUUAGAUUUCCCCUUAAUUCCACAAUCACUAGCCAUGAAACAUAUGUGCCUGAAAGGUAAAUAGGCAGAAAGGUUCUCCAUUAUCUCCAAAGAGACCUUCUUCUUCACAGCCUUUUUUUUCUCCCUCUCACAUCUUCCUCUGUGGCGUCCCACUCUCAGAUAAUCCUCUGUCUCUCUCCAUAGGAUUCACUCUAUUAGACCCCCGCCGUCAUCUGCGAUACAAAAAGCAGCGGGGGAGCCGUGAGUCACUUCUGAACUUCUUCUGAAGUUCCUUGUUCUUUUAUCAUUUAACCACAGACGCAUUUCAUGGCAUGUUGUCUUGUAAAAUGUUUGCGUCAUUGUUUGAGAUUGGCAGCACCAACUGAUGCAAGUGGCUCAUAUUUAGUGAAGAAAGGAUGAUUGCUGUGCAGCCUGCUCGGUAAUCAACUAUUUUUACUCAGCGAGAUGCUUUUUCUUGCACUUGACAUACAUGGACUCCUUUACAGCACUUCUAGGGAUUGUGUUUCAGUAAUUUCAUGCUAAUAAUGUAACACACCUCUAUGCUUGUCUCCUGUUUUUAGUGCAUCACUUUCAUUUUGGGGGCUCCAGUUACACAGCUGAUUCAGCAGGGUGCCGCCACGGUCCUCUGUGGAGCCAACAUGAGAGGCUGGACUGCGGAGCUCUGCUGACUCACUGCGAUAAUGUUUGAGGGGCGAGCAAAAACGUCAAAUGACGUCAUCACUCAGUAGCCCAGUAUGCAGAGCUGCUCAUUAAACAGAUGCUUAAAUGUAUUUGGUACGGGGGAAAAAAAACUGCAAAAAGGAAUCCCAUCUGUCAUUCUUUACGCCUACUGAGUGGAAAAUUGGGACACCCCUCAGAGGCUUUCACCAUCCUGAGCUCGCUGAUGCCACUACCCUCCACAAGCUCACUCUUACAGUCUUGUGUACAGCUCUGUCUGCGCGAUAGAGUCUGAUAAACAGUGCCGAGGCGCCAAUGCAUUGGCGGCAGCGCUUACGUCAACACGGGGCCCAUUAGAGAGACAUCCUGACAGGCAGGUAGUAAUUACCUCAGGGUUUCAGCUUCAUUUACCCUCCGCUUGGCUCGGCUCAGCCACUUCUCAUCGGGAUUAACGCUGCGGACAACAGAGGGGCAACCCUCUUUGAAGCCACAGCAUGACAUUACAGAUCAAUUAUCUAAGUCCGCGUCCACUGACAUUUACUAUAUCACCAUGGUGACAUAAAAGCACUUAGCUGCAAGGCAGGCUGGUACCUUUUAUCACACAGGGCCACUUUUAUGCUGCCUCCCUCCUGCUGCUGGCUGUAACUGUAAAAGCAGUCAACAUAGAGAUCUUGUUAUAGAAGUAUACUGUAGCUGAGUUCGACUGCACUGCUUUAGCGUUCAUUCCUACAGGGGCACGUACUUUCUCAGGGUCCCUCUUGCUGUUGCGUGACUAAAGAUUAUCAAGAGAUCUGUAGAGGAUUUCUGUAAACAACCUGUAGAUGUACGAUAGAGUAGGUAGGUAGGCAGGAGCAGAUGUAAAGCAGUUGUUAUGUUGAUAUAAAAAAAUGUAGAAAGAUACAGGUUAGCUGAUUUCAACAUGAUCCAGGCAAUGAUGAAUUUAAAGAAACAGUCAGACAUUUUGGAAAAUACGCUUAUUCACACUCUUGCAGAGACUUAGGUGAGUGGAUUGAUACCACUCCCAUGCCCAUACAGAAUAUAUAAAGCUCCUGCCAGCAGUGGGUUAGCUUAGCUUAGCAUAAAGACUGUAAACAGGGGGAAAAACUGGUCUAACUAAUUAACACAUUAUAUCUAAUUUGUUUAUGAAAAAAACCUUAAGUGUAAAACACAUUUGGUCAAAUGCUGAAUAGGGAUGUCAGUUUUGGUUAAUUUUUCUUUCGAUAGCUCGACACCCACUGAUUAGUAAUGGCUUGGUUAAUUUUUGAAAAAAAAAAAAAAAGCAAAAUGAUGCAACAUACAAGAGGCCUUUCCUUUCACUCUGGUGCUCAAUUGACACAGUGAGCUUCAGCUCAACAUUUCAAAGCACUUUCCGGGUGGUAAAAUGUUAGUGUUUUGUGAUGGAAAUGUUUUGCAUUUUGUUAAAUAUUCUGUUGGCUUUGCCAGACAGUCAGCUAGCCAUAUCAACAAACGCAAACAAUGGUCUUCACUAUUAAGCUAUUGUUAGCCUUGGCGACUCUGCAAAGCGCACAACCUAGGUAAGGUGGGAGCUAGCUUAUUCUGUGAUUACUGCUAAAAAUGUUGCCCAGGUGGCAGGAUGUUGCUGUUGAAACAAAGUGGACACCCUCUGGUCUAGUCCUGAGUCGCCCUGUUGGGUAAGCGUUUUCAUUUUAAGCCCCUUUAGCAUUGUUAACAAUGUUACCACCACUAGUUGUGCUGACACUGCUCAUUGUGAUGACAGAGUUAACAGUGAGUACAUUUAGUUAACAAUGCUAAAGGGGGUUUGCUGCUCAAAAUUAAGCGGCUUACUUAACGAGGGCAACCUUGGAACUCCGCAGGGUGGCGACCAUGUUUCCGCAGCAACACUAAUUGAUCUGGAUGCUGUUACACGCUGAAUGAGCAGCGCCGCUAGCUAAUGUUAUCUCCCACAACACCCAGGUGGUGCAGUAAACUGAAGAGUAGCAAAAUUUACCUAUAGACAUGUGUAACCUGUCAAAAAUAUUCUUGCCGGUUAACUGAUUAACAGUAUACUGUUGACAUCACUAAUAAUGUACUAUAACACGUUGUAUCAGACUUCUCAAGCAGCUCUGGCAAAGAAAGCGAAUACAAUGGCAAAAUAUUAUUUUAAAGGAGAGAUAGGACAUGUUUACUUGUCAGCAGAGCUUGAAGAGUGCAGUGAGCAACAGUUAGAUAAAAAAUUUCAGGAUGACAAGGAAAGUGAGUCAUUACAUCCAGUGUGAAGCCGCUGCAUGGAUCAGUCACAUGGUCAAUAACAUCUCAAGACAAUUAAACUUUGUGGUCCCUUCACUUGUGAUUCAUCUUGCAUCACUGCAGCAUUAUGAAUGAAAAUGAAUAAAAAGCUGCUGUUCUUUG